AUGCAAUCGCAUCUGCCAGGUGCUUUUUCACAAGGCCUUACGAACGAGACCGUGCUUGACCAGGCGCUGAUCCGACAAUACGCUUCGCUGGUGCGCGUGGGCUGGUUCGACUCUGCCUCAGAUCAACCGUAUCGUCAACUUGGCUGGAAUACAGUUGCGACUAAUGCUUCCCAACAGCUUGCACGGCGGGCCGCAACCGAGGGAAUCGUGCUACUGAAGAACGAUGGGGUUCUGCCAAUCAGCAUCGACUCGUCAAUGAAGGUUGGACUAUUUGGUGAAUGGGCGAAUGCCACCACACAACUUCUCGGGAAUUACGCCGGUGUGAGCACAUACUUACACUCUCCACUCUACGCAUUACAGCAGAUCAACGCCACGAUAAACUAUGCUGGAGGCCUUCCCGGAGGCCAGGGAGAUCCAACAACGGAACGAUGGCUCAAUCUCAAGCCUGCCAUUGAUGGCAGCGAUGUUCUGGUAUAUGUUGGUGGCAUCGACAACGGUGUUGAAGAGGAAGGCAUGGAUCGAAACUCUUUGCAAUGGACUGGUGCGCAGCUCGAUGUGAUUGGACAGCUCGCAGACACCGGAAAACCGACAAUUGUUGUCGUCAUGGGUGGCGGUCAAAUUGACUCGACUCCGAUCAAGAACAACCCCAAUGUUUCUGCAAUCUUAUGGGGCGGAUACCCCGGUCAAGACGGUGGUUCAGCGAUUGUUGAUAUUUUGACCGGUAAGGUAGCACCAGCUGGCCGUCUCCCACAGACUCAAUACCCGUCCAACUUCAUCAGCCAAGUUGCCAUGACGGAUAUGUCGCUUCGACCCAGUGACAACAAUCCAGGUCGUACGUACAAGUGGUACAACGGCUCCGCGGUUUACGACUUCGGGCACGGUUUACACUACACGAACUUCACUGUCAACAUCACUUCUGGACUACAGACUAGCUAUGUUAUCUCAGAUGUGAUAUCAAACUGCAAAUCUGCCUGGCUAGACCAAUGCCCCUUUGCCUCCGUUCAGGUCAGCGUCCAGAACACCGGCAGCGUAACAUCUGACUACGUCACUCUCGGCUACAUCGCCGGCGAACAUGGGCCAGCGCCACACCCCAAGAAGUCUCUCGUAAGCUAUCAGCGCCUUCACAGCAUCCCCAGUGGGUCUUCAGGUACAUCAACGCUCAACCUGACGCUCGCCUCGCUCGCGCGCGUUGAUGAGAUGGGCAACAAAGUACUGUACCCGGGAGACUACAGCUUGCUCAUAGACAACGAUCCACUGGCCAGUUAUGAAUUUACCUUGACAGGAGGUAAUGGAACCAUGUUGGAAAAGUGGCCUCAGCCGCCGCCAAAAAUUGCUUGGAGUACCCACAAGCACCUCUGUAAGACUCUCCAGGAUUUCCAAGAUCAGAAUCGUCCUGCUGCUACCGAUAAAGGCGAGAAAUACAGCCGCGCGAUACUGUUCGAUCCCGCACGUGCGCACCCGCAAUUCAUCUGGCUUAAGUCGCGAAACAACUGUACCGAUUCCAUUGAAUUGGACGACCUUGCAGACGAGGGCGGGCUCGCGAAUUUCACAAAAUCAAAAUUCACCAAUGACCAUGUCUGUGACAAGCGUAUCGAGUUUGUGCGCAACAAGCUGUUGGACAGGUCUAUCGGGCACUGUAUCUACAUAAGCUACCGCGACAACUACUUCAACGAUGGCUCGGAGUUCAACGGUGCGGUAUCUGGCAUCUCUGACUCAGCAUCUAAGUAUCUGCAUGCGUGGGGCGGACCCAUCAUCGCUCACUCAACGAACAACCCGAUGUCAGUCGUCGAUCUAAUUCCUUCCGAUCUGCGCCAUAUCGGAGACUUCUUUAACAGCUUCAAGUAUAGCCCGGUGGACAAAGUCGAUAACUAUGACGACUAUUACGCUUCUAGCGAUUCUGACGACUCUAAUGUCUCCAACCAUCCUAGAAAGCCUCUCAAAUUGAGUCUCUAUGAGGAGUUCAGACAGAUACUUUCGGUACGCAAGAAGAUGAUGGGAGAAAAGCUCGGCGGAAAGAAAGUGACUGCCGUCCGCAUCAAUUGUAACGGGGAUGUCACCGUCGACAACCGUCCCAGGUACGAAGCCUGCGAGAUCUCCAGCUCACAUCCUAUCUUCGAGCAAGCAGCCACCGACAUCUCACAGCGUGUCGACUUGCCCAUCCUGGUUCGGCGCACCCCUGGCAGUGUCGACACGUGGGCAAAGCGCAAUGAUGUCCCAACUAGCAUGGUUCCAUGGGUCAAUACCGCCGGCACAUUCCUCAACAUUGGUUGCCAACCCGAGCGCGAGAACGAUUUUCCCGGCUACAGCUGGGGGUUUGCACCAAUGAUUUGGCAAAACUCGGUUGGUGCUGUCUUGGUUGCUCGUCAGGAUAAGAAGGACUUGCUCCCUGGCCACGUUGAAGCUCUCGCGGAGUACAUCAAAGAGUAUCUGAUGCCAUUCUUCCAGAAACAGAGGGAGAGCGAGUACUGCGAGGACGAAAACCUUUUCCUUGACAAGUACUACCUCAUGAAAGAAGUCGGACUCGAGAGAUUUGAGGAGUACUUCCAGGGUUGGAAAUUGCGGCAGACCGAUCCUGUCAAGCAGCGAACUGCCUCUCCUUAUGCCUAG